CCAGAAGUGCGAGCGGGUCGGAUCAUUGCGAGUGAAGCGUGCUGGUGGCCUCAGUGACAUGGACAAGCCCACCCCGUAACCAUGAUUAAGUUGACGUUGUUCCCCAAACCCCAAACCCACACGCACACGCACGCUGGCACCAAUUCAUGGUCAGUACAAUCCUGGAGUGAAAAAAGUUUCUCCUUGUCGGCUUCCUCGUAAACCGCGCCUUUGCUUAGCUCCAUCCCCCCGUGCAUGGAUGUCGAUGGAUCGCCUCCUCCCCCCCGCAUCGCCCUGCCAGCCCAGUAUAUAGCCAUCCAAGCUUCCUUCCAUCCAACCCAAAUCCACCAUCCCAAGCCCCGUCAGUUAAGAAACAAACACUGAAACACGCAGCAAAGAUCCUCGGCAGAGCGUGUGAAGCCGCGAGAGAGAUCGAUGGAGGCGCACAUGGAGCGGGCGCUGCGGGAGGGCUUGACGGAGGCGGAGCGCGCGUCCCUGGAGGGCGCCGUGCGCGCGCACCACACCUUCCCCGGCCGCGCCGCGACGUGCACGUCGCUGGUGGCGCAGCGCGUGGCGGCGCCCGUGCGCGACGUGUGGCCCAUCGUGCGCAGCUUCGGCAACCCGCAGCGGUACAAGCACUUCGUGCGCACCUGCGCGCUGGCGGCCGGGGACGGCGCCAGCGUCGGCAGCGUCCGGGAGGUGACCGUGGUUUCGGGCCUCCCGGCGUCCACCAGCACGGAGCGGCUCGAGAUCCUCGACGACGACCGCCACAUCCUCAGCUUCAGCGUCGUCGGCGGCGAGCACCGCCUCCGGAACUACCGCUCCGUCACCUCCGUCACCGAGUUCCAGGGCCAGGAAGACGCAGGGGCGCCCCCGUACUGCGUGGUCCUGGAGUCGUACGUGGUGGACGUGCCCCCCGGGAACACCGAGGACGACACCAGGAUGUUCACCGACACCGUCGUCAAGCUCAACCUCCAGAAGCUCGCAUCCGUCGCCGAGGAGUCCGGAUCCAGGACGCGGGAUUAAUUUGCGACUUUGCGUGGCUGUGGUGGCGGCGCCGCGCGCGGUGGUUAGCUGUUGCUCUGUUCUUCCGUCUUUCCCCCCUUUUUUUUAUCUGUUUUCUUUUUUUUUUCUCUGUGGAAAAGCCUCCUUUUUCGUUUGUACUUUUGCGUCAUUUUGUCUUUUUCUCCGUGGCUGCCGUUUGUGCAGUCCUGAGAUGGAUGGCUGGUGACAGCAAAGAUGAACAGGGGAAAACUCAAGUUGCUGUUGCCGUUGCUAUCAACAAAACAAGAUGGUGCUGCUUUCAAUAAUUGUUGUUUAUUUUUAUUUUAUCUCUGUACCGUUAUUCAGUUUUGCAAAAGCCGUAUCUCAUGGUGCCUUUUUAGCA